UCAAAUCAGCGAUUUCCAGCGAUGCUGUAGAAUGCAGAGCUAACUUCUCCAAACAAAACUAAUAUUCACAGUGGGACCUUCGUAUGUUAAGCAAAAAAUUUCAAGUUUUUAUGUAUCUAGAUACAUUGAGAGCUAUAUUUUGGACAAAAAAUAUAGAAAAUAAUAAUCAACUCCAGAACCGUUAGACAUGGGUAUAGCAAAGGAUACAUGAAAAAUGAUCCAACCAGAACUAUGGUCCAGAAACAACAACAUAACGAUAUUAGCAAACAUGAAAUACAUGGAAAAAUAUAAGGACAAGAUAAAAUGGAAAGAUGGAGAAUCAAUUCUGGAAUUCGGUAUGGGAUGUGGAAGAAACACGAGAGAAGUUCUGUUACCUCAUCUGCCUGAGAAUUUCAAGGAGUACAUAGGAAGUGACGUAACGACACCUAUGGUGGAACAUUCGAGAAGGACGAUUAUCCACCAGAGGAUGAAAAUAAUACAAUUCGAUAUUGAGUGUGACUCUAUUCCGCCAGAAUUCGUAGGAAGGUUCGACCAUAUAUUUUCAUUCAUGGUAAUGCACUGGAUUCAAAACACAAGGCAAGCAUUUUCGAAUAUGUACAGAAUGCUGAAACCAGGUGCAGAGAUGUUUUUGACUUUUGGUGAGAGGAUAUCUGGCAACGAAUUUUAUGAUACGAUGUCGAGACAUCCCAAAUGGGAACAGUAUGGGCACGAGAAAUUGAUAUCGCCCUUUCAUUUUUGCGAGGAUGUCGAGAAAGAGUACAGAACAGCGUUGCAGGAAUCUGGAUUCACUGAUUACGAUUUCGAAAGUGAACAUAGGGAGUAUCAGUUUCCCAAUGAACAGGCAUUUGAUGAAUUUUGCUACAGUAUCAACCCCAUUAUAGCUAAGAUACCAGAAGAAGAUAAAGACGAAUAUAAAAAGGUAUAUCUUGAAAUGAUGAAGAAGAAUAGUAGCCUCAAUUUUAUCAGGAGAUGUGAGAAAACAGGACAAAAUUUGUUUCAUUCAAGUUAUAAAUUAUUUGUAGUUCUAGCAAGAAAACCAAACAAUUAA